AUGGUUGCACAACUCCAUGAAUAUACAAAAAAACAGAGAGGGUGCCCAGCGCUUCCGGCCGCCCUCUUCGACCACGGGGGAGAGCCCCGAGGCAGCUACCGCGGGCCCCGCGGCUUCGCCUUCACCUUGGCCUUCACGCCCGCCACGCUGCCCGUGCCGUCCGCCAUGCUGCCCGCGCCGCCCUCGCAGGUGCGCCAGAGCUACCACCCCGACUGCGAGGCCGCCAUCAACAGCCAUUUCAACCUGGAGUUCCACGCCUCCUCAGUGUGCCUGGCCGCGGCCGUUUACCUCUACCGCUACGACGUGGCCUUGAAGCACUUCAGCUGGUUCUUCGUGCGCCGCUCCCUCGAGCACAGCGGUUGGGCCCGGCGCCUGAUGCGCCUGCAGAACCAGCGCGGGAGCCGCAUCCGCUUCCAAGACAUCGGGAGACCAGUCAGUAUCGAGUGGAAGAGCGGCCUCAAGGCCAUGAAGUGCACCUUGUUCCUGGAGAAGUUCGUGAACCGCAGCCUGCGCCACCUGCACCAGCUGGCCAUCGACAAGAGCGACCCCCACCUGCACCGCUUCCUGGCAACUCACUACUCCAGCCAGCAGGUGGCGUUCAUCAGCGAGCUGGAGGGUCAUGUCACCACCCUGAGCAUGAUGGGGGCCCCGGACGUUGACCUGGCAGGGUCCCUCUUUGAAAAGCUCACCCUGGGCGACAGCGACAAGAAGAACUGA